AUGCCUGCUAUGAUGGAACUAGCCAGUUCACUUUCUAGCAAGCCAGUACCACCAUGCUCCAAAGUUUCUACAGCAGGAGUGGAAGUGCACCAGAGCAAGCUGGAUUUUUUCUGCAAGCUGGGCUAUGGUAAGCAGGACAUCUGCAAAGUGCUGGAGAACUUGGGCCAAGAGGCCCUGGAGGAUGAUGUGCUGAAAGAGCUGAUUCGGAUGGGGCGCAAACCUCAGGCUCUGGAGAGCCAGACUCAACCUUCCCCUCUAAAACUUGUUGCCCGUGGAUCAUGUAGCACUUCCCCAGUGUCAAAGUGGCUUGGAGAAGAUGACAGUGAUUCUUCCAAUCACUUGAGACCCAUUGUGAUCGAUGGCAGCAAUGUUGCAAUGAGCCAUGGAAACAAAGAGAUAUUCUCCUGCUGGGGGAUCCAACUGGCAGUGGAUUGGUUUCGAGAAAGGGGGCACAAAUACAUCAAAGUUUUUGUCCCACUCUGGAGAAAGGAGCCUCCUCGACAAGACAGUCCCAUUGCAGAUCAGCACAUUCUUGAAGAGCUUGAGAGGCAAUCGAUCCUUGUGUACACCCCAUCCCGGAAGGUGAAAGGCAAGAGGGUAGUUUGCUAUGAUGAUCGCUAUAUAGUGAAAGUUGCUUAUGAGAAAGACGGAGUCAUUGUUUCCAAUGACCAUUACCGGGAUCUCCAGAAUGAAAACCCUGAGUGGAAAUGGUUUAUUGAGCAGCGACUACUCAUGUACUCUUUUGUCAGUAACAGGUUUAUGCCUCCUGAUGAUCCAUUAGGCCGGCAUGGACCCACUCUUAACAAUUUCCUCAGCAAAACACCAGUGCUUCCUGAACCAAAGUGGCAGCCUUGUCCCUAUGGUAAAAAAUGCACCUAUGGUAAUAAAUGCAAAUUUUACCACCCAGAGAGACCACACCAAGCUCAGCUCUCAGUUGCUGAUGAGCUCAGGGCCAAAAUAAGGGUCCAGUUAAGCCUGGGGAAAGAGGAGGAGAAGCGUAACUGCUUGCUGUACAGGACCGGAGGAGAGCCUGCACCACCCAGCGCCUGCACAGAAACGCUGCGAGAGUCCAGCAGCCGUGCAGAGGCUUCCUGCUACCCAGGGUGGCCGCGGGGGAGCUCUCCUGAGCAGCCAUCCAGCACCUGGGCCACUGGCCCUGGCUCUGAGCUGGGGCCAGAGCAGCGGUUGCUGCAGGCAGAGCCGCUGCGAGACCAGCCACUCCUGGAGGAGAUGUCAGCGCUAUCCAUCAGUGAUGACACCUACAGCUACAGUCGGUCCAUACACGCCUCUCGGGACAGAGAGGUGACAGACAGCCCUCACUGCUGUGGUGACCUCAGGCACAACCCCUACUCCUUUCCUCACCCCCACAGCUUGGACCACCCCUGCUUUCCAGGAUGCCCUUUCCAGCAGCCAGUGCUCCUACCUGUGCAGGGUGGGAUGUGCCCAGGCCACAGCUGGCAGAGGAGCUGCUACAUCCCCAGUGGUGCUCAGCACAAACAGGGCCUGGAGACUCAGCACCAUGUUCUGCCACAGUCUACAGCUCUUCACCUGGACCUGCUUCACUUGUACAGUGAGCACCAGCUGCAGCAGCAGCAUUGCUUUCCCAGCCAGCCCCCACGGCAGCCCUUUCUCUUAGACUCCAGCAAUGGGCUGGGUUUCUUCCAGAAAGCCCAUGCUUACCCUGAUGCCUCUGGCAGUGACUACUGGCCCACCCCAAUUGCAAGGCCACCCUCUGCCCAGCAAGCACACAUAUACAGGGAGCUGUGCUCCCUUUUCCCUCACAGUGAGGUGAACCGUGUCAUGGCUUUGUACCCUGAUAUCAAGGAUAUUGCUAGCUUGACUUUACUGAUUCAAAGACACAGAAACUUAUAA